CUCGUGUAGCAACAGUUCGGCUUCGCGCUCGAGUAGGACGGACGUACGCAGCUCUGCCGCCGCACAGAUACUGCGAUACGAAACAAGUUUGACAUUCUUGUCUUCUUCGAAUCUUCAAUCACAGUAAAGCAUCACGAUGAACUUGAGUGAACAAUUGAGAAUAACAUUAUUUUCGACAUUUUGGAAACGUUAAGGACAUUUGUUGUGUAAUUUUGUGGAUUACCUUUUUAUCUACUUGAUCUCGAAUAAACAAUAUCAGCGUAGGUGUAACUAAUCGCAAGUGUUAUACUUUAUUGUUUUUAAACAAAGGACAAGGGCAUUUGAAGACUCUGGGUUUAAAUUUCUGUUGUUUUUCUUGUUUAUGAGAACGUAAACUAGUAUCGUGUUGAAAAGAGACAAAAUGAGGGCCACGCGAGUAAGAGCGACAGGUGUGGCGGCAUUAGCAGUCUUCUUGGCAGUUGUAACAGGAUGUUCAUCGCAAAUCCUAAGGAUAUACCCGAUGCAAAAGCAGCAGACGGUCGCCGUGGGCAAGUCAGUGGUGCUGACUUGCCAGGCUGAGACGCAAGACCCCGCACUCGUCACGCAACCACAGUGGAAGGACCCCAAAGGAUUUGUUAUCAAUGAAGCUGCACCUGGUACCCGGCCGGAGAUCUACACGGAAGCGAUGCCGGCUAAACAGUCGCAACUGCUCUACAUCUCGUCCAUCAGUCAGGCAAUGGCAGGCAAUUACACUUGUGUUGCGACCUACACCAAUAUGCCGCUCAGCGCUAGCGUUGUCCUGGAUACUUUCGUUGCAAUCACCUGGGUAAAUGCAAAUGAAAAUCAAUUUGCUACCAAAGGUAAAGAUUUUAAAAUCAUGUGCGAAGUCACUGCGGAGCCUGCACCAUCAGUCGAUUGGUUUAAAGAGGGAACCACUAUUGUUACAUCUGACAGGUAUGUUAUUCACGCUAACGGAUUGUUGAUUAAAAACGUCGAGGAAAGUGAUGACGGUACAUACACUUGCCGUGCGGUUGUAAUACAAACCGGAGAACUCGCUGAAAGGAAUAUCAAAUUAGAGGUAUACACUGCUCCGGAAAUGGAAGAACGUGAACCAAGAGUGGAAAUAAAAGAAGGUGAAUCGGCAGCGAUUACAUGCAAGGCAAGGGGAAAACCUCCGCCAACAUAUAGUUGGAUAAAAGCAAAUACACGAGAGAAUCUGGCAACGACUUCGAGAUAUAGUGUAAACGAUAACACCGGUCUACUAACGAUCGAUAGAGUAGAAGCGGGUGAUUACGGCAAAUACAUUUGUAGUGCGGUUAAUCAAGCAGGACAAAAUGAGACUGAAAUUGAAGUAGAAGUGUUGGUACCACCGAAGAUAUUUGAGCUAUUUAAUACAACAGCAGCUGAAAAGACUGAUGGGAGAUUGGAAUGCAAAGCCACGGGUAGACCCGCUCCCCGAAUCAGUUUCCGUAAACGUAGCAACAGUGAUCCGUUCUUGAAUGGACCUAAUGAGGAAGGACGGAUUAUAGUUGAGAGCACCAGCCGACAGACUGGCGAUCAGAUGCAGUCCUCUGCGGUUAUUUCAAUCGCGAGAUUAAACAGAACUGACGAUGGCUUAUACGAAUGUAUCGCUGAAAAUGAAGGUGGAGAAGCAAGAAAGAAUGGCCAUCUGACUGUUCAGUUCAAACCAACAUUUGAGCACAUGUCUAACGUUCCUGUUUGGAGCUGGAAUAGCCAACCAGUCAACAUAAGCUGCAUUGCCGAAAGUAUCCCCAAUGCUACUAUCAAGUGGAAGUUCCAUGAAUACGACUUAAUUGAAUCCCCGCAUGUCAAAAUUUACGGUUCCGGGCCUAUCAGUUACGUGACAGUGGUCCCAGUGGAUCGGAAUUUAUAUGGAGUAUACAAAUGCAUUGCAACUAACACACUCGGCGAAGCAGAACAUAUCAUACAGUUGAGAGAAGCAUUCCCGCCUGGUCCAGUUUUACAGGUUAAACAAGACACAAUAACAGCGACGUCAGUAUCUUUCAACAUUGUUGGACCAGCUGAAGACAUGGGCCCACCUACAUUAGCUUUCACAACUCAGUACAAGGAGAAUGGCAACUUCGAUUGGAAUUUAUCCAUGAAUAGGACCUGGUCCGUCAAUUCGCCUUACAUCGUGGAGAAUCUGACUCCGAUGUUUUCGUAUGACUUUAGAUUUGCGGCUGUCAAUCAAGUAGGUGCUGGAUCAUGGGGUGCUCCUAUAACUGUUGUAAUGCCAAGAAGGUCCCCGCCCGAGCAACCGAAAUGGCGAGAAGCUAUCAGUUCGGAAUCAUUGAUACAUGGUAAAUUCGCGGAUAGAUAUGAACUUCAAUGGAAAAUACCUGCUCAUAAUGGCGAACCCAUCGACAUGUAUGAAGUUAACUAUUGCCCAGUAUUAAAAGUGAGCGGAGAAUGGCGAGUGGCCUCAGAAACACAGUGUAUGGUUGAAGAACUUAGAUCAUAUGAGGCGAUCAGUUACGAAAUCAGGGGACUACAUCCUGAUACCCGCUAUAGAAUGCAAGUCCGCGCUCACAACGUGCUGGGUUACUCCCUGCCUGCCCAACUAUAUGUCCAGACUGCCCUCGGUAACCCAAAUGGAAGUACAAGCAUUUUCCAAUGGGCUCCAUCUAAAAUGGACAUCUUAACUACGCUUCUGCUUUUACAUUUCGUAAUAUAAAUAAAUAGUUAUAACAAUAAAUAUUCAACUUAAACUAAUUAAGUCCAAAGACGACUGUUAAUUAGGAAUAAUUUGUGAUAUAUCGAUUUGUUGAUGUAUAAAUAUAAGUAUGGAUAUUGCUUGUGUUAUGAACGAGAAUUUAUCAUUUAAUGAUGCACCUUAUGCUCUAAACAAAAUUAUUAAUUAAUUUUAGAAUUGGUAAAAAUCAAUAACUUCUAUUAGGAUCUCUUCUAAUGAACCCUGAAAACUAUUAUUAUAGAUAUGUUACAUUUGUAAGUAGAUAAUCGGUAUGAAUACACUGCCAAAAUGUUUGAUCGCGUCUAGUAUUAAUGUCAAUCAAUACACAACAUGUAUUGUCAUCUUAAAGUAGGUAGCCACACUUGUGUACGAAUUUUUGAGGACUAUUUUAUUCCUUUAAUAAGACUUAGAUUAAACUUUACUAGCUUAUUUCGAAAAUCGUCCAGAUGAAUGAUUUUUACCAUUAAAGAAGUCAUUAUUAAGCCUGAUAAAAACAUCUAAAAAUAAGACGAGCUCAAUGGAAAUUAUGAAAUUGUGAAAUUGAUCAGGGAAAUGACCAAUGUGAAAAAUAAAUGUUUCUAAAACGAAUCCAGUUAUUUAAUGAGUUAACGUCCCAUAAAAUGAAUGAAGACAGCAUUAGCAAAUUAAUGUACACCAUUCCAUUAAACUAAUGCUCUUCAUCCAUUUUAACCUAUUAGACCCUUGCGCCAAUCCCGGAACUGUGUAAAUUUUCUAACUAAAAAUAGAUAAUCCUAUACGAUAUGUAUAAAGUCCAAAAAGAAAGCUGUCAAGAUGCUUGUCAAGAGACCAAUCCAAAGUCCCUUUUUUUGAAAAGUGUGUUUGUGUCGCCCUGACUGAUAUUAGGUAAAUAUAUUUUAUAUUAAUAUGUUCCGUAGACUAUAACCUGCUAUUCGAAUAUCUUUCGGAAUGAAUUAAUUAAUAUUGCAUGACCCUCUUGCUGGUUUGUGUCCCCUCAUCACAUCACAAUAACCUUUGUACCAUCUAGCAUGGUCAAUGUUGCAUACAAAAUGCAUCAUUUUAAAAAUUCUUGUAUUCAAUUUUUAAUUGGUGUUUAGACAUGUCAUUGUAGGUGACAUCACAUAAUUGUGUAUUUAUUAUAUGUAUAUUUGGUUCCUUUAUAUGUAGUCGAAAGCAUCUUUUAUUAUGAAUGAUAUUUUGAUAAUAUUCGAAACUGCCAAAUAAACAGUUAAAAAUUAGUUUGAUUGACGGAGUUUUCUAUAAAUCAAAUAGAAUUGGCGGAAAAGAAACGUGAUUUGGUUGUUUCAAUUAAGAUACUUUUAUAGAUCAUUGUAGAUGUUUUGUGAUUUGGAUUAUUACAGCGCCAAAGAUUAAUAAAACACCUGAUGUCAUCUUUUUGCUAGCGAAUAAUCCAAGUUGCAUAUAAUUCCAAUAGUUAUAGGCUAGAAUUUUAAUAACUAAGGUGAUGGUUAUAGGAACCAAACUUUAUUUUA